GACCUGGGUGUCUGCUACGGGUGAUCAAAGGUAUAUGUUGUACAUUGGACAUAUAGACCUGGUUGUCUGCUACGGGUGAUCAAAGGUAUAUGUUGUACAUUGGACAUAUAGACCUUGGUGUCGGUGAUGGGUAAUAAGUAAGUUCCACAGCGUUAGACAAAGAGAAGUAAUUUACGCACAUUAUUAAUGUUAAGGGGUUGGAUCGAGAUUAGUUAAAGUGAACAAGAAAUCUAAUAUUUUUCAAGUUACUUCAAAAGUAAUAAUACUCUCAACACGAGGCUAUUGUGGCAACAUACUUGGUUUGUAACACAAUACCCUGAUGAAGGUACCUGCCUUAUUUGUGUCUGUGGUGCCACAUGUACGCACAGGAAUUCCUGAGUUGGCUUUUUGUCAAACACUUCGGACUAAGCUCCAUGUUGAUCCAGCAUCAAGUCAGUCUUCUCGUAACUGCGACGAGCUGCAAAUAUCUCUGCAUGAUGGAACUAACAAGAGUUGUAUUCAUCAGUCUUGUGUUCUUGUGUGGUGUCAGAGACGCACAUGCUGACACCAAUUUGACCGACUUGACUGGACAAGUGAGAGUCCUGACCGCAAGUAUCCAAGCAUGGAAAGGAAGAGUUGUUAAUAUUAAGACUGAUAUGAAAGGCCACUUUAGGAGGUGGGAGUCAUCACUGAAAAAUCAACUGACUGACACAUUCAUUCCUGCCCUGAUAAAGCCUCUAGUGGAGCAAGCGAUUACCGGCAUCCUGAAAGAGUAUAACAUUAGGAAUAUUAUGAGAGGACGUAUUCUUGGUGUAGUUAAUAGACUGAGAGUCAGUGUUCAUUACACAAAAACACAACUUCGGACAGUAACACAACAGUUCAGACGUGUAGAAAGGGAAAGAGACAGUUACAAAGAAAGUAUGUUUAAGCUUCGUAGCGAGGUGAACACAGACAUCCACAGUUUACAGCUGCAGCUGAAUGAGACGAAAGCUGGUCUUCGUGAUGCAAACAUGGUGAACAGUGUUCUUCAGGAAGAUUUAAUUACACUGAAUACAAGCUGUGUGAAGAGAGAAGAGAUAGAAGCGCACACCCAUGAUGAACAGUCAUACAGGAAGGGAUUGCAGGAAAUGCAGCAAAAGUUAAAAACUGACAUUCAGAGUUUAAACAUUCAACAAAAUCAGACCAUUGAUGACCUACAUGAUUCAAAUCAAGUAAUCACUGGUCUUACAGAGGACAUGGUGAUACUAAAUACAAGCUGUGUGAAGAGAGAAGAUAUAGAAGCGCACACCCAUGAUGAACAGUCAUACAGGAAGGAAUUGCAGGAAAUGCAGCAAAAGUUAAAAACUGACAUUCAGAGUUUAAACAUUCAACAAAAUCAGACCAUUGAUGACCUACAUGAUUCAAAUCAAGUAAUCACUGGUCUUACAGAGGACAUGGUGACACUGAAUACAAGCUGUGUGAAGAGAGAAGAGAUAGAAGCGCACACCCAUGAUGAACAGUCAUACAGGAAGGAAUUGCAGGAAAUGCAGCAAAAGUUAAAAACUGACAUUCAGAGUUUAAACAUUCAACAAAAUCAGACCAUUGAUGACCUACAUGCUUCAAAUCAAGUAAUAACUGGUCUUACAGAGGACAUGGUGACACUGAAUACAAGCUGUGUGAAGAGAGAAGAUAUUAAAGAGGUCGAUGUUACGGACAGGUCGCUGACUACAUCGUCGUUGUCGCAGGUGUCAUUCAGCACAUCGCCCCCUUCGUUUCCUGGUGCUGCAGGAGCCUCGAGCGACCGGAGCCACGGAGAAAGGGCUGCACAGAUGACGACAGUAACGACCCAUGCCUCGACCGACCCGAGCCAGACCGCGAGGACAGCAGUGACGACCUCAAAAAAACCUGCUACACAGGCGACUCCAUCACCAGCAGACUGCGAGGACCUCCAUGGCGCCAGCAUUGCCGGGAACCUGGAGGAGGUGAAGCGGAUCCUGUCUCUGGGCGCGGACGUCAACUGUAGGUGGGGAUGGGGCCAGACACCGGUGAUGUGGGCAGCAAGGUGGGGACACAGAGACGUGGUGGAGCUCCUGGUGAGUGAAGGGGCCGAUGUGUCACUGGUGAACAGGUACGGUCGCAACACCCUUCACUGGGCCUGUAGUGGAGGACACUUGGAGACGGUGAAGUAUGUGCUGUCUCUGCACGUGGUGGACAUCGACGCCAGGGACAACUACGGGCAGACGGCGGCCGACGUGGCGAGACUCGGGGGACAUACGCGGGUGGUGGAUCUCCUCGUGUCCCGCGGCGCUCAGUGACGUCAGUGUCGUGUUUGUGUAGACGGUGGGGGAGACCUGACACUGACGUGUUGUGCCGUUCACGUUGUCGUGUGUACAUAUGUCUUUAUUUACGUGAAACUGUUUGUUGUUUUUGGAGAUGAAUAAAACUUGUAAAAACUU